UUAUAUAUGACCAAACCUCAUUACUCCAUCAUUAAAUUCUUCUUCCUUCAAAUUAAACACAUCACUUUAUCACAUUAAAAUUUUUCCAAUAAUGGAUGAUUUUUCAUGGGAGCAUUUGCAUCUUCAAUUGGAAAUGGAUGAUGAGAAUAUGAACAAUAAUAAUGGCGUUGAUGAUGAUAAUAAUGAAGAUGAUGAUGAGUUCUUAAGAGAAAUCCUAAUGUUGCAACCAUCUUUCUCUUCUGAAAAUAGUGAAAGUGAUAAUCUCCAAAACACCGUUGGAUCAUCAUCAUCACCGGUUAUUGAAGAAGUGCCGCAAGAUCUGACGGCUGAGAAUUCAAACAACAAGAACAAGAAGAAUAAUACUAUGAAACAACCUCGUAGAUCAUCAUCAUCAUCAUCAUCACUACGUUGUUCUUCUCCGAGGAGAUACAUUUUGUCGUUUGAUAACUCAACCAUGACACCAGCUACACCAAAUCAAUUACAAGAAGACCCUUAUUAUGCAAACAAUAAUAAUAAUAAUAAUAAUAAUAAUAAUAAUCAUAAGAACAAGAAGAACAAAGAUCCAUCAUCAUGUGAUUAUUCUUCUCCAAAAAGGGUGGUGCCGAUUUGUACUAAUAAUAGUGAGAAUAAAAAGGAGGAAGGUGCAAUAACAACAAAGAGGGCAAGAAGCUCUUCACAAACAAUGGAUCACAUCAUGGCAGAGAGAAAGAGGAGACAAGAACUCACUGAGAGGUUCAUAGCACUCUCAGCUACCAUCCCUGGCUUGACUAAGACAGACAAGGCAUCAAUACUUAGAGCAGCCAUAGAUUAUGUGAAGCAACUUCAAGAGCAGGUGCAAGAAUUAGAAAAGAAAAACAAGAAGAGGAGCAGAGAGUCAGUGAUAUUGGUGAAGAAAUCGAAGAGCAAUAAUGAAAAAAUAUUAUUAGAAGAAAGUACAAUAAUAUCAAGUGAAACAAGAAGAAGUGAAGAUGGUGGAACAGGGCUCCCUGAUAUUGAAGCAAGAUUUAUGGGGAAAGAUGUUUUGAUUGAGAUUCAUUGUGAGAAGGAGAAUGGCAUUGAGAUGAAAAUACUUAAUCAGCUUGAAAAUCUUCAUCUUUUUGUCACUGGAAGUAGUGUUCUUCCUUUUGGCAAUUCUGCUCUUGGGAUCACUAUUAUUGCUAAGAUGGGAGAUUCGUGUGAAAUGACAGUGAAUGAUGUGGUCAGAAACCUUAGGCAAGUGUUCUUGAAGGCACAUCAAAAUUCACAUGGCAUUUAAAAAGUGAUCCGUACUAGUGUAUCAGACAACUCUGCAGCAUGUUUAUGGUCGAACAGAAGUUUUGAUUUCGUUGCUUUUUUUAGUUCAAGCACUUUCCAUGUUCAUAACAUCUAUCUAUAAAUAAAUAAAAGUAAAGUACAUUUUGUAAUAAAUUAUGCUGUGGUUUGAUUCUUGUUAUUCAUUUAAUUCAUAUUUGACCGUUUGUCUUCA